ACUCCACUCCUACUUCCGUGCUCAUUGCUACGUGAGCUCCAAGAAUGCGACGUCCGAGCUUUGGCUGGUCGUAUAACGUUCCGGUCAGCAGUUCAUUGGCGGGCGGGUCACUGUUCCGAGCGCAAGCUGUGUAGACAGGACGAGCUGAGAAUGGCUGUCUCAAGAUCUGCAGUAUCUCUGUUCAUGUUUUUGUGUGGCCUGGGAUUAGGAUUUCUGAUCUGCUACCUCGUGAUCAAAGUAAUUAACACAGAAGAGCAGCAACACAGACAUUUGCUCUUCAAUGAUCCACACGGACACUUAGAAGAAUUUGACCACCAUCAACACCAACAUCUUCAAGGAGAGAUGAACUUCAAUGCUGAUGUCAGUCAACAUAAAGAUGAAAACACAAGUCUUGCUGAUGAUCUAUAUAAGAAAGUGCGAAUCCUUUGUUGGAUAAUGACUGGGCCCCAGAACCUGGCAACAAAGGCUAAGCACGUUAAAGCCACCUGGGCAAAAAAAUGCAACGUCGUGCUUUUCAUGAGUUCUGAAGAAAAUAAAGAUUUCCCGACAGUGGGAUUGGGUGUUAAAGAAGGAAGAGACCAGUUGUAUUGGAAAACUAUCAAAGCUUUUCAUUAUGUUUUUGAACAUCACUUGAAUGAAGCUGAUUGGUUCUUGAAAGCAGAUGAUGACACAUAUGUGAUAGUUGAAAAUCUGCGUUGGCUGUUAUCAAAGUAUUCGCCUGACCAGCCCAUAUUCUUCGGAAGAAAGUUCAAGCCAUUUGUUAAGCAAGGAUACAUGAGUGGUGGAGCUGGAUAUGUACUUAGCAAGGAAGCUGUGAAAAGGUUUGUUGAUGGCUUCAAGACUGGGAAAUGCACUCAUUUUACAUCCACAGAAGACUUGGCCAUGGGCAAAUGUUUGGAAACUGUUAAUGUCGAAGCAGGAGAUUCCAGGGACACAAACAAAAGGGACACCUUUCAUCCUUUUCCACCAGAGCAUCAUUUGUCGAAAAGUUUUCUACCCAAAACAUUCUGGUACUGGAACUAUUGCUAUUACCCCACUGAAGAGGGUCCUGGGUGCUGUUCUGAUCUGGCAGUGUCGUUCCACUACAUUAACUCUAAAACCAUGUAUUAUUUAGAAUAUUUGACUUACCAUCUACGACCAUAUGGCUACAAGUAUAGAUAUAAUCCAGACUCUGAAGCAACAAAAUAGGAAGUUACAUAGAUUUCUGUAAAACUUGUGUUUACAAGUGCAGGUGACAAAAUUGUCCAAAUCUGUGUGUUAGAAAUUAACGGUCAUCUGAAGUGUUUCCGAGAUUCCUCUUCAUGCAAGUUGCACUGGACUGUACAAGAUUUACAAGCCACAGAAGUAAUUCUAUGAAAAGCUAACCAUUUCAAUGGAUGAAAAUGAUCAAUAUAAGGACAUCAGUUGAUUUUGUUUUUUAUCUACUAUGUUCUUGAUUUAACUAGCAAAGAUAUUUUUAUCACUAUAAAUAACUUGUAGUUCUGCCAUGGUGUAGUGGGAAGAAUGUUGCCUUUCUUUUUGAUGUUUAAAUGCAGAUGAUAAGGGUAUUGUUCAUUCGUUUUGGUUUGCUGCAAUCUUUCAGAAACAGCUUGAGGGCAUUUUAACUAGAUUCAAUUUUGCUGGAUAAGGAUGAAGAAAAAUACUGUUUAUGGUCUUGCUGGAAAAUAUGCUUAUGGGUACAAAGAUCAUUAGACUUUCCUAGAGGCCUACCUAUAUGAAGUCACUUCCUUUAAUGGUAAUUUAAUUCCCCACCCCCAGAAAAAUUGUAAAAUUCUAACAGUUACAGAAUUGUACCCUUACAAGAUUCAAAGCAGAAGACUGAUAUCAGGAGAGCAAGCUGUUUUGACAACUGUAUUUCAAAAAUCAUCUUUACAUGUGUAAUCAAAGGAAAGAGAGGUCUAUAAUAUACAUGGUUUUGUUGUUUAAGUUUGAGAGUAACCAUUGGGUGUAAAUAUGGAAUAAGAAUAUCAUUCUAAAUUUAGCUUGGUACUGUAUGUAAAUUGGGGAGCAGUCUUAAACUGCCUAUUCACACAUUCUUGUUACGCUAUCGAGCAAAAUCAAAAUGAAGACGUAAUUCAGUCAGCCUCAUUUCAUGGUCUUGUUUGAAAGCUCCAUUCAAUUACCUUCCCCCCCCCCCAAUCUUCUACUUUACCUCUGCAGCCCUGCAUUACCUAUGUAUUUAAAAUGCUAACUUGUUGAAGGCCUGCCAGUGACUGCGAAGUAAUGCUCAUUUAUACACUGUGAAAAUGUUUCUCAAUGUGAUCCUUAGUUUAAAUCCUCAAGCCUCUUUGCACACUCCAUGCUAUCUUAACCUUCCUGUUUGUCAAAUGCAUACCGAGAGUACUUCCAUUUUUUAAAAAAGGUUUUUUUUUUGCUUCAAUUGUGUUUUGAAGGAAUGUUCAAAAUUUUAACCACCUCUUUAUAAAGAUGUAUUGUUUUUUAAAUUUCCUUUAAUGGUUUGAAGCUUUUCAGCUGUCAGUAACAAUCUGAAAUAAAACAAAAUCUGAUAGUCCAGUUCCUGUGAGACUUUGUAAGUGCCAGACUAGCAGAUUUUCUGUAUGAUUGGCUGUGCCUGAUUGAUUCCCAAACACACUUCUGCUUUUUCAAAGAAACCUUAGACAGUAGUAUAUGCUUCAGUGAAUCCCGUGCAUUUAAAGGGAAUGUACACACACUCAGAUCCCAGUGGAAGCCAUGAACCUACCUGCGUUUUUGACCUUGAUGAUCUGGACACCAAACCCAGCUCUGACUGAAUUAGCCUGCUUGCUCUGUGGACAUUCAGCACAAAUAUUGGACUAAUGAGUAAGUCAGAAUCCAAAACAUUGGGAUUUGAUUGUUCAGAAAUCCCAUAUUAUCAGAGUUUUAUUUGACUAUUAUUACUCUUAAAUCAAAAUUGCAUUUUUCUGCUUUUAAAUUAUGGCCAUUAAAUAUCUGAAUUUAGUGUGGAAUUUUCAUAUCUAGAACUAAGAAUUAUUUGGGGGAAUGCAAUAAUGUGAAUUGAAUAUUGUGUGUUUAUAUUAAUAUAUCACCGAAUAGAUCUUAAAAGAAAAAAGUCCAUAGUUACAGCAUUUUCAGGUGAAAUGUUUUUAAUAUAUUAAUAUCUUUGAAUCAACAUGUAAACUUGUGGCUGAAGUGGAAAAUUAUUUUUUUCAAAAAUAGAAUAUUAAAGUGGAAAGACCUUUUUGUACAAGGGCACAAUGUAUGUUCUGAUAAAUUUUUUUUGAUAUUCUGGUUCUGUCCAUUUGUACAGGUCUUGGGAUGACGUAAUCACCUCCUAAAUAUUUUUGCAUUUUGACAUUGCUAGAUGUAGCAAGCAGGAUAUUAAAUGCUGAAAGACAAAAAUGCUAAUGCUGGAAACCUGAAAUACUGUGAAUGCUUUAAAUAUUUAGUAGGUCGGGCAGGAUCGGGGAGAGAGGAAUAGUUAUAGUUUCAGGUUGAUGACAUAGUUCGAUCUACUAUUUCCAGGAUAUUAUUUGAAUAACAGUGCACCACUUCUUUAAAGCGAGAGAUUAAAUCUUUGAUAUGUAGUUACAUUUGAUGCCAUUGCACUACAUUUGUGUAUAUAACUUAAAAUUGGGAAAUUCCUUCAUAUGGGGAGUUAACGUUUUAAAAUAUACUGUCAGUCAUAUAUUUUAAUGAAACACACAAGCUAAGAUUCCUGUGCAUACACAAAUCUUCGUAAGUUACUUGUGUAAUGUUGAUAUAUUAUUAAUAUUUGCUUUUAUCUAGAAUUGCUGCACAGCCGAUUAAUCAAUAUAGGUUGCCCAGUAAAUACACCAGUAACUGGCUUUUGGCAAAACUCUGCUGAAAUCAGAUGAACUAAACAUAGUGAAUGCAUUUUCAAUGGUGAAUCCCAGAAUACUUAAGGAGAAGACCAUUUGGUGGUUAAAUCUAUCCCACCUCUCCAGCUAGUUUAAAUCCAAUGCCUUAUUUACAGACAUGGAAGUUCAUAAGAUCACAGUGUCGUCUAUGUCCUAGUGCAAGUUAAUAUGUGUUAAGAAGUGUACUUGUCCGAGUACCAGCCCUUGGCAACUCCAUGGGAAAAAUACUUCAGCACUGUUAUGUUUACUGUUACUCACUUUUUUUUUAUCUCUACUAUUACAAUUCCCUUUUUAUUCCAAUGCUUUCGUUCUUGUGACAUGUUUUAUCUGGCACAUUAGUAAGUGUAAAUCUGUCCAGAUUAAACUGGAUUAUUUUCCCGCUUGCUUUUCACAACACAAGUUGUUGAAUAUUUAGAGGAAAUAUAAAGAGUUUACGCAUUCUCUCAAAAUAUUAAGAUCUUCCAAGGAAAGCAGUAAUCCAUUAACAAUCGCAAGUAGUGUAGAGAGAGAGUAAUGAUGAAAUCCUGAUGAAGAGUCUUGGCCUGAAGUGUCGACUGUUUAUUCCUUACCAUAGAUGUGCCUGACCUGCUGAGUUCCUCCAACAUUGUGUCUAGGUUUCCAGCAUUUGCUGUUGUUCUUGUGUUCAUAGUUUUUUGAUGUUUGUUUUAAAACAUUUUAGUUGGUCUGUUUAAUUUGAGUAGUUGAUUUAUGUGUACAAUGCUUGAAAUACACUUUGUAUGGUAAAAUUCUACCCGGUAUACCCUGUACCCAUUUCAUGAUGUGUAAGUAAAAGACCUUACAAUUUAUGCAUCAAAUGAACAACAGUACGGAUUAUGGACGUUUCCAGUGAAUUUUUCUAACAAUGUGACAUUCUAUGUUUUUUUUGCAUUAUGGUUCAAAAUUUGGUGUGGAAAACAAAUAGUGUAAAUAAACAGGGAGAAGUAACUAAAAUUUGAGGAUUGUAUGUAUAACCUCACGAGUGUGGGUGUUAGCUUUUCAAUGAGAAUAUUCAAAGCUUUGCCCUAAUAAAUUCAAUGUGUUUAAGAGUUUAGUUCUCUGUACAAAGGGCAGUUCCACCAUACACACAUUAUUUUGAAAAAAGGUAUUUAGUUUAGAAAAUGAGAAAUGUGUGUUCUCUUGAAGAACUUCACUGCAAUAUCUAUGGUGAUGUACAGCAGAUAUCAUGCAUUCAGUCUCACUCUGAUUCACUGGAUAUGUUAUAGUAACAGGCCCAAAGCAAGAUUCCAAAACUAAAGAAAAACUGUUAUGCAUGUCUCUAUAAUAUGUAGCUAAAGCCAUCUUUGGUGGCUGUACAUUCAUAUGUCCAUUCAUAACAUCAGUAAUGAAAGUAUACAGUAAGCCAACAGUGACAUCUGAUUGUGAGAGAAGAGUUAUUAAUGGUAACUUUCUUCUCAAACAGAUUGUAAUAUCUUCAGUAGCACUCUUUUCCCAAUAUUUUUCAGGAAAGCAUGACUUGGUCUGUAGCAGCAGUUUUCUUCUAAGAUGUACAAGACAUCAUAAAAAUGUGCUGUCAGGUGUUCUUUUGCAAGGCUUUACAUGGUUAAUAAUUAGAAGUUAUGGAAAAUAAGCAUCUUAACAGUCAAGUUCACAUUUAUUAAUGUGAUCUCUAACAAUCCAUUUAUAAAUUUAGAAUUUUCCAUGGGUUGUGUUUAAUUACUUGGAAACAUAGUAAUAUAGUGCACCUGCUGUAGGUCUGGUAAGACUUGGUAUUUUUAGUUGGGAGCUAGCAACUGUGGAAAUAAAGUACUUUCAGUCUUAUUUUUAUUGCGUAUAUCUGUAGAAUGAAAUUUAUAUACUACAUCUUUAUGGUAAGUUUCCAAUAAAAUUAUUUAAUUGAAUUUUUAAAAAUUUAUACAAUGAAUGAUUAUACAAUGAUUCUAUAUUCUUAUGAAUCUGAAUUACUGUAAAUGGUUUUAAUAAAAUGAAGUGAUGUUUAUUACAAUUAUUUUAAUAGUAACCUUAUUAAGAUGCAUGGAUUAAAGACAGCAUUCAGGCGGGGAUAACUGUGGUGGUGUGUUGCCGUAGGAAGACUGCUGGAGCCAACUUUGCCCAUUGUAGACAGAUAGGUGAGAAUGACUGGCAGUAUGCACUCAGCUUAGACACGGGAGGGGGAUGUGGACACAGACGAGAUGGGAAUAACAGAAGAAUAUGAAAUGCACCUAAUGACUUAAGGGACAAUUGCUUUACUAACUUCAAAAUAUCAUCAGCUAUCAGCUUGAAGUUUUGAUUGACUUUUAACACCUCUAUUGUGAAUAGCAAUUAAUCUUGCAAGUAAGGAA